GUAAACUCUCACUCUGUGACACGCGCAAGACAUGGCAGCGCGUUGGCUGAUAAUGAAUUAGAAUCGUGGUAGGACCGUAUCACAUUCGACCUCCGACCCUCUCUUCUCGAUUCUUUCAAAGUCCUUAAAAGUGCGGCAACGACGCUCGGCCACGCACGCGCGCACGUCAUGAACGAGACAAAACGGGACAUAUUGUGUGUAUACUCGAAGUAAAUGUGUAUUAUUCACCGUGAGUAUCAAGUCAGUCGAUUCGUGAUCGUUCCCGAUGUCGUAAAUACGCGAUUCCCCGUUGCUUUUGACUUUCUUCGCUGAGGAUUCGACUGAGUGAUACAUCUGUGAAGAUCUAAGGGUGUGCGCAACGCGAAUCAAUAGAAUGGCCCAGUUCACCAAGAGGCAAUGGCUCACCCUAAUUGUCAUCAGCAUUGCUGAUUUUGCAAAUGCCAUCUGCGUUUCACUACAAGCGCCGUUCUACCCUCAAGAGGCUGAAAAGAAAGGCGCUUCACCUUCGGAAUAUGGCUUGGUCUUCGGGAUUUUCGAACUGGUGGUCUUUGUUAUUAGCCCGUUUUACGGACAACACCUUAAUCGAAUCGGGCCGAAGUUUUUGUUCAAUGGUGGUAUCUUGACUACAGGAACCUGUGCCAUAUUCUUCGGUUUAUUAGACAAAGUCAACGGUCAUUAUCCUUUCAUAAUACUAUCUUUUGUAAUCAGAAUUGUGGAGGCACUGGGAAAUGCUGCAUUCUUGACAGCUAGCUUCGCUAUUAUUGCCAAAGAAUUUCCCGACAAUGUCGCCACGACAUUCGCCAGCUUAGAAACUUUUUUCGGCUUAGGUCUUAUCGUUGGUCCCACCGUGGGAGGUGCACUUUACCAGGUUGGUGGAUACACUACUCCAUUCGUAGUCCUUGGCUCAGCGUUAUUCUUGGCAGCUGUCAGCACUGCAUUCAUCUUACCUAUGCACAACGAUAGUGACCGAGAUGAGAGCAAUACUGGAGGAAUAACAAAAGUCCUGAAAAUUCCCAGCGUGAUGAUUGCCUCUAUGUCAAUAAUCGUGACAAGCAUGAGUAUCGGAUUUUUGCAAGCAACUUUGGAACCGCAUCUGAGGCAAUUUAAUUUGAGUCCGGUUGUGUUAGGAUUAAUGUUUGUCAUUAAUGGCGGCACAUACGCAAUAACUGCGCCAGUGUGGGGUUGGCUUUGCGAUAAAUAUUGGCAUCCAAAGGUGGCAACUAUUGCCGGUUGCGUUCUCGUAAUGAUAGGUUUCUCUUUGGUUGGUCCGGCACCGUUCAUUCCAUUGCCUACCUUAAUCUGGAUGCCCAUCAGCGGCCUCAUGAUUCACGGCUUAGGCAUGGCUGCUCAACUGGUUGCAAGCUUCACGGAUGCCUUGCGGUCAUGUAUGUAAGUCAUCGCAUAGCUCUAGAUAUUCGAUUAUUUCAAUU